CAAGCAUUAGCCAUAAUGAACACAACAAAGGUGCAGAGCUGGAAGUGGCAGACACGGGGAAGUGGUGAGGAUGGGAUUGCUGCCAUUGAUGCUGUCAGUGUUGAAAAAACAGACCACGCUCUGGAGUCAGGCCUCAACUCUGGGCGCCUGCUGACUUCCCAUGCACCCCUGGAGAACAGCUUGGCACAGCUAGAAGAAUGUUAUGUUUCUCAAUGUCCCCAGAGCCAAAUGAUGGCUACAUCCAAAUGGAAGAUGGGCUUUGUUUUAAUACUAAUGUGCCUCCUCGCUCCGGCGGAACAAGCCCCACUUCCCUUCACCAGCGUUUAUGGUCUGUCGUUCAAAAAUAUGGAGUUUGCUAUGGACCUAUACCGUAAAAUAUCCACUUACCACGAUGAGAACAUCGUUUUCUCUCCUCUGAGCGUAUCCACCAGUUUUGCCGCCCUCUCUAUGGCCUCUGAUGGCGUCACGUACGAGGAGAUACUGAAAGGACUCCACCUGGAGAAUCUGGAGAAAGCCGACCAAAAAGAUCUUAUUCCAAAGCUGUUCCAGAUGCUCCACGGGAACAUCUCGCAGAACGGGACGACAAAACUCGAACAAGGCACAUCCCUCUUUGUACGCGAACACUUCAAAAUAGAGAAGGCAUUUGAGGAUCAGAUGAAGUCCUAUUUUUGCGCAGACAUUAAGAGAGUAAACUUUGAAGACACCAAUGCAAGCAUCAGUCUCAUUAAUGAGUACAUAAAAGACAAAACCGGGGGGAAAGUGACAAAUAUGCUUUCCGGCCUCGAUCCGAUGACUGAGCUCAUGCUGGUCAACACUUUUUACUUCCAAGGUGGGUGGAAGAUGCCCUUCAACCCCAACGACACAUACAAUGCCCCCUUCUACGUUGACAACUACAAUAUUCGACAAGUGCCAAUGAUGUUGAAAGAGGACAAGUUUGAAACGAUGGAAGAUACUCAACUUGGUGUCCGUGUGCUGAAACUGCCCUACUUGGAGGGCGUGUCCAUGCUCAUCCUGCUGCCCAACAAAGGAGUGGACUACAAUAUUAUUGAUGAUGAGAUCACCGCAAAGAGGAUGCUCGGUUGGAUAAAAAAACUGCAAAAGACUAAACUGGAGAUCAACAUUCCCAAAUUCAAGAUGGAGGAGUCGUACUCUUUACAUCACAUUCUCCCAGAAAUGGGUUUCGUUAGUCUAUUUGGCGGUUCUGCCAACCUGACAAAACUAAGCAAAGAUAAAGGCCUGAAGGUUUCAGAGGUACUACACAAGGCUGUCGUUGAUGUGGACGAGGUGGGGACGACGGCGGCGGCUGCCACAACCAUUGGCAUUAUUCCUUACUCCUUACCUAGGACCUUCAUUGUGAACCGUCCGUUUUUCUUCUUCAUAUACCAUGAAGACACAAAAUCCUUGCUGUUCAUGGGCAGGGUGAUUGACCCCACCAAAAACUAGAAGCCCCGACCUCCAGUACUUUGACUGUGUUUUGAUUAUUUAGGCUUUAGCUUACACAUCUAACUUCUGUAGUUUGAAAUUCUUCUGAUUGUUUAUUUUGUGGUCCGUAAUAAAAGGCUACGAAAUGUGCUGUUGUAUUUUACCAAGAAAAUAAAUACUUUCCCACAUGCGA